AUGGUGGGUGACUUAGGCUCAAAGCGACUUAGACGUCUAUUAAACCAAAGAUUACAUGAAGAACCAUCUAAAACGCAAACACAUGUUAUGAGCAAGAAGAAGAUGAAGACUGGUCUUGUAAUCAUAAACUGUAUAAUCCUGGCUAUUGGAAACUGCGGAGGCCCUCUAAUCACGCGUCUCUACUUCAGAAACGGUGGCAAACGGAUCUGGUUCUCAAGCUUCCUCCAAACCGCAGGCUGUCCCAUCAUCCUCUUCCCUCUUCUCUUCUCCUUCCUCCGCCGUAAAGAAGCAACAACGACUCCAUUUUUUCUCAUAAAACCUCCUCUGUUCUUGGCUUCUAUUGUGAUUGGUCUGCUCACUGGCGUUGACAAUUACCUCUACGCUUACGGGUUAGCUUACCUCCCAGUUUCCACUUCUUCUUUGGUCAUCUCCUCCCAACUGGCCUUCACUGCUUUCUUCGCCUUUUUCAUGGUGAAGCAAAAGUUCACGCCAUUUAUUAUAAACGCCGUCGUUUUGCUUACUCUGGGUGCCGGAAUCCUUGCCCUUCACACCGACGGUGACAAGCUUGCCAAAGAGACACACAAGGAGUAUAUCGUUGGGUUCCUCAUGACCCUUGCUGCGGCUAUUCUCUACGCGUUUGUAUUGCCGCUUGUGGAGCUCACUUACAAGAAAGCUCGUCAACGAAUCAGCUACACGCUUGUGCUCGAGAUGCAGUUGGUCUUGUGCUUUGUCGCCACUUGCUUCUGCCUCGUUGGGAUGCUAGCUGAUGGCGAUUUCAAGGAGUUAGCAAGAGAUUUUAAGCUUGGAGGGUCUACUACGUAUUACUAUGUGGUGGUUGUGUUCACGGCCAUCAUCUGGCAAGGCUUUUUCUUGGGAUCUAUUGGGAUGAUCUUCUGUGCAUCGUCUCUGGUCUCUGGAAUUCUGAUCUGUGCUCUGCUUCCGUUGACAGAGGUCUUGGCCGUCUUUUUCUUCCGGGAGAAGUUUCAGGCGGAGAAAAGUAUCUCUUUGUUUCUCUCCCUUUGGGGAUUCGUCUCUUAUUUCUACGGACAGAUUAAAGCCGAGAACAAGACUGAGACUCCGGAUCAGGAGGCACAACUCUCUCAGCUUCCGGUCAUUGAUUCUGUAGCUUAAAAGCACCUAACUUGUUACACUUAAGUUUUUCUUUACUUUUAUUAAUGAUGUUUUCUCAUUCUGUAACAUCUAUGGU